CCACAACUUUCUCCAUUUGGUAAAGUAAAACUCGUCCCAUUUUCCCUUUCUUUUUUUACAGAAUGUACUACCUUCCGUGAUCGGUAAACCUCUGGUUUUCGUAUUCACUCCCAAAAUAGGUGUCCUAUUUUCCUUUAUUUUCUCGGGAAACGAAAGGAAAAAGCGAAAGAAAGUUAUUUCGAGUGUAGAAUUGGGCCCGUGGCACUUUCAGUGAACUGGAACGGUGAUCUGAUCCUUUGCUUUUGAGAGGAAUUGCAAUGAGCUGCCAAUACAUUGAUCUUUUAAAACAGAGGUGCCCAGCAGUUUCAUGGGGCAAGUCUUAAAGAACAUUGGGUGACUCCAUUUCAUGACUCCAUCCUCUGCCAUGGAGUGGAAUGCGAAGUGGGACAGGGAAAACCUAGUCAUGUUCAGUACAAAAGGCAUUGAAAGUCCAAAGAAACUACAAUUAACAGACUGGGGGAUUGUUGAAGAUGGAGAAUUUGAUGUUGAAUAUUUUAACUUGCCCGGAAGAAGCGGUGUUAGCGGUAGCUCUGGCUCUAACGGGGCUCAUGAUUAUUCAACAAAGAGCUCAAUAUCAGCAACAACCAACUCUUCGUCAAAGGGUGAGAUCAAAACAUCAAAUUUCACUUUUGAGGUAUUUGAAGGUUUUCCAGGAGAUUUUAACAAGAGAGAAUUGGUCAGAGCAGAGCAAUCCACAACUUCUCCCCCACUGGAGACCUCAGUUGGCUCUGGUGAACCAUUGAUUGGUCUGAAACUUGGUAAGAGGACGUAUUUUGAAAACAAUGGUGCUGGGAGCAACAAUAAGACUCCUUCUGUUUCUGUUGUUCCUGUGAAGUCUGCAACGACAGCAAAGAAAAUCAAAUCAUCUUGUCAGAGUGCACCCACCCCACGCUGCCAAGUUGAAGGCUGCAACCUUGAUCUCUCAUCAGCUAAAGAAUAUCAUCGAAAGCAUAGAGUUUGUGAAAGUCAUUCUAAAAGUUCAAAGGUCAAUGUAGGAGGUCUAGAACGUCGGUUUUGUCAACAGUGUAGUAGGUUCCAUAGUUUGCCGGAAUUUGACGAGAAGAAGCGAAGCUGUCGCAGGCGGCUUUCUGAUCACAAUGCACGGCGUCGCAAGCCACAGCAAGAAACAGUUCAGUUUAAUUCAACACGGCUGUCUUCAUUUUAUGAUGGCGGGAAGCAAAUGAAUUUUGUGUUGAACAAUGCCCCUCUCCUACAUAGUAGACCUGCUGCAGAUUCAACUUGGGAAACCACAUGCAGCUCCCAGUUCACACUAACAAAAGGGUUUUCAUUGAAGCCUCAAAAAGCUGGAAGCAGUGAUGGUGUGCCACAUUUGCCAGGGAUUCAGCUGCCGCAUGCCAUCAGUAUUCCUGGUCAUGAUUCCAAUAGCAUCAUGUCAUUCAAGGGCACCACAACUGAGGUUCUUGGUCAAGGUUCCAAGGAAUCCAUGCGUCCUCGCACCUUAGAUGCAGCACUGGAUAUUCACCGUGCUCUCUCUCUUCUGUCAACUACUUCCUGGGGUUCAUGUGAGCCGGAGUCCAUUGAUCACCCCAUCAUGCAUGCAGCUCAUACCAGCAUGCCUCAGCAUGUGAUGCAUGCAGUGCCCCAAAAUUUGCCACUUGCUUCAUCAGAAUACUGGCAGGUUGAACAACAGUCAACUGAUCCCCUGGCCGUUACCAUGCCUGCAAACAGAAAUAGCAACAGCCACUUCCAAGAAAUUCAUCUUCUCAAAACACCAUUUGAGACCGACUUCUUUCUCAAUCCGUUUAACUAAUGAUUGAAAUAAACUCUCCUGUCUCCUGGAUCUUAAAGCAAUGUCAAGGUCAGUAAGUUUUAUGUUACAUAAUUUUCUAGAUGGAGCCGACUAGUGGUUAAACCUGUUUCUCUCUUUAGUAUGUGGAGUAUUAUCUCUGUUAAUCCUUACGAUAAAAGUAUUGAUAUAUGGAUUCUUAAACUAAAGUUUGCUUGAUCAUACCCGCUCUGAGUACAGAAAGAUCUCUCUACUAAGAAAAAUUUGUGGCAAGUUCUUGUUGCCUUCGGAAGAUAGUUUAAGCUUUCAGCUAGAGCUGUCGGUGUUUUCUGAUUCCAGAAAUUGACAGGGUUCCACAGAUUGAUUUUCCUAGACGAAUGGUACUUCCUUUCCCAUGAUGUUAAGAAAUUUGUGAUUCUUAUAAUUUCAAAUUUGGAGAUAUGAAUACUAACAGCAAUCUAUCUCUAUACUCUUAUAGAAAAUCUUAGUACUUGAUUAUCUAAAAGGUUUGUCAUAGUGGCUGACAGAUCUAUUCCUAGUUCACGUUGCUAUUAGUUGGUGUGUUUGCAUCCAUAUUGUGCGGUUUGGAGACCUUAUUUGAGUACUGAAUGAAUCCAUGUGUGGUGAUCGUUGCUAAUAUUUUCUGUGUCGAGUACCUUGGUUGCUUGGUAUUCUGUGAUGAGUCGUUCAG